AUGAUCCCUCCUUCUGAGAUUGCAGACGAUGAGCGCGCCAAUGAAGAAACUGCAAAAGUCGGUGCCACUCCGCCUCCGAGAUCAACGCGGAAUGUGCCUUUGAGAUGUCUGGAUUUAACUCUUGAAAGGGCAUCGAUGCCCGCUUCACCUCGCAAUGUCCGUUUCACAGAAACGCCACCACAGGGUGCUGGUCGAAUGCAAAUGCAGUAUCGGCUCCAGAGGUCAAUCAGUUGA